CCUAAAUGAGCAAUAAAUGAAAUAAGCCGCUUUGGCUGAAUCUGGACGAGUGACAGUAUCGUGAUUCGUGACAGCGGAGAUUAUGAAGGUGCCAGUCUGUUCAUCGUUUGCAUUCUGGAGUUUGUUUUGUAGUCUUUUUGUUAUUGCAACUGCAAAUAUCGAUGAGGAGGAGGAUGCUUGGAUUGAUCCACAUGACUUAAUCAACUACGAUCCAACGACAAAGCGCAUGAGAAAUCCUGCAAUGACCAUGAAACAAUGUCCUGAUGCUUUAGAGUGGAUCAAUAAACUAGAGAGUUUGCAGAAAGAGUUUGAUGAACAGAAAAAGAAGGGGACCAUCAUCUCUAUAAAGCCAGUAUGUCUUCCAGUAUUCAAGCGUUUUCUUACCAAGCUUCUUAAAGAAACCUCCAAACUUGGCCUGCCUGAUGAUGGAAAGACAUCCAUGCAUUAUGACGCUGAGGUGAAGCUGUCGAAGCAGUCGCUGGCGGAGAUCCAGAAGCUUCUGAAUGAAGAGAACGACUGGACCACUGGAGCCAUGGAUGAGGCUCUCAGUCAGAUUCUGUUCAGAUUCAAACUCCACAACCACAAAGCCUGGAAGUGGCGUUUCGAAGACACAUUUUAUGUAGAUGUCGAUACCGCCCUGAAGGUUUCUUUGAUCGUUCUGAUUGUUGUAGCCAUAAUCUGCACUGAGCUCUGGUCUGUGGUCUCCUGGUUGGUCCAGUUCAGGAGAAUGUUUGCAGUUUGCUUUUUUAUUAGCUCGAUCUGGAACUGGUUCCAUCUUUAUCUGGUUGCCUUUGCAGAACACAAGAAGAACAUUGUGGAGGUGGAGACCUUCAAUGCCAAAUGCACUGGACUGAAACAAGUGGACUGGAUGGAUAAUUUGGCAGAGUGGUACAGACGGACAUGGACUCUUCAAGAUGAUCCUUGCAAAAAGUACUAUGAGGUCCUGGUGGUGAACCCCAUUUUGCUUGUGCCUCCAACAAAGGCUAUCACAGUCACCAUAACCAGUUUCAUCACGGACCCCUUGAAGCAAAUUGGGCAGGGCAUUAAUGAGUUCCUCAGAGCCCUGCUGAAGGACCUUCCAAUCACUCUCCAGUUACCUGUGCUGUUUAUCAUUGCACUCGCCAUCUUCGUGUUCAUGUUUGAAGCUGCUCAAGCAGCUAUACAACAAGCAGUUCGCUUGCUCCAACUCGGUUGGCAACCAAAUCAGCCACCUCCUGCAGUAAUACAGGGCCAAGCUCCUCAACUAGAAGAGCAUGAGUAGGGAUGGGCACCGAAACCCGGUUUUUAAUGGGCCUCGGGGCUAAAUUAUAAAAGACCGGUGUAUCGAUAAGCUCUGAAGUUAACAACAUUAUCUUGCAAAUCUCGCUAGAGUCGCCAGCUGUUUUUUUAUGCAAUAAUAUUCGGACAUUAGAACAUUUGUCUGUGAUUGCAUUGUUACUAUUCGCAAUUCAUGAGGUAAAACUAUUAAAAACUAGCCACGUUUCGUCUAGCGCAACUUCUUUCCCUUCACAGCGGUGCACAUUCGUUUCUCCCCUAGAACCCAAACUUGACGUCAGAAUAAGCGCAAUCAGUGAAUGUUGUAAAAUGCAGUCUUUACUGUUGCUAAAUUGUGGGACAUGUUUGAUAAAGCAUUGAAAGCACAUAAUCUGUGUGAGAGAUGCUGUUCUCCAGUCUGAACUGUGUGUGUGUACGUGCUCUAAAAUGGACAAGCAAAUUACAAUUGGCAAAGGGAGCGAUCUAAUUUCCUCAUAAUCUUCAACUGGGAUGUUCCCGUGAUAACGUAGCAUGGUGUGCGUCAGUAGAUGUCGCUGUUUUAAUGUCAUAUGUCUUUUUAUUGUUGUUAGCAUAACUGUUGCAAAGGAAUAUACAUUUUAUAUUUUAAAACGUUUUUCAAGUUUUUUGCUAUAUAAUAUAUAAAAACUAAUAUGUAUACAACUCUUUAAAAUAUAAAAUGUAUUUUUUUUUUUAAUGCCGGUGUCGGUCAGCGAAUCUGCUGUGCUGCAUGCCGUGCUGCGUUGUCAUGGGAACAUCCCAGCUGAAGAUUAUGAUGAAAUUAGAUCGCUCUCUUUGCCAAGUGCAUUUCAAACGACUAAAUAAUGGCUCGCACAUGCCCUGUUCACUCCAAAGUUCCCACUCCAAGGGGAUAGGGAUGAUCACUUCCAUUUGGAAUUUGCCCCGUGAACCGUACGGUUCCGUACGCGUACCGUGCCACCCCUAUGUGUGUACUUUAUUCUGCACUGGAAGAUCCUAUCAUCAAGUCAAAUUCUUUAUGUGUGUACUUGGUAAUAAAGCUCUUUCU